GCUAGGGUGUCUUUCUAAUCAACACCUUUGGUCUUCAACUCUUUGAGUAUCGGCAACUUCAACAUCUGCCUCUCCAUCACAAUGAAGCUGACCAUCUCCAUGGCAACUCUGUCCACUCUCGGGCUUCUGUACGCUGUGUUCGCACCAAGCGUGACAGCCGGACCCAGGCCUGGAACCACAGAAAACAGGAAACGUCAACCUGCCCCGCCUGCCCAACCUGUCAAAUAUGGCAAAUCCGAGGGGGUCGAGUGGGAGAUUUUUCAGAAACUUGCUGAUUCCAGCUGGAAUGACCCUCAGCACAUUGAAGAGCACGAACAAACUGCGCAAUGCCGUUCUGGAUGGACUCCAGGAGGAGGUGGACGUUGCUUCAAGUUUUUCUCAGAACAGCUAACCUGGUCUGAGGCAGAGGAACAGUGUGUUAGGUAUGGUGGCCAUCUUGCAUCCAUCCACAAUGAAUAUGAACAAAAUACGGUGAAUAAAAUAUCAACGUCUGACAUCAAAUCUUGGAUUGGGGGAGUCGGAAACCAGAAGCCUGGUAACACUUACAGUUGGACUGAUGGCACCACAAUUGACUUCAAGAGGUGGGCAGACUAUGAGCCAAACAAUAGCGGGAAUAAUGAACACUGCAUGGACAAUGACCACUCAAAAGGCGGAAAGUGGAAUGACGACACUUGCCACAAGAAAUUGCCAUAUGUUUGUGCCGUUUAGGUACUACAAGGAACAUGACUGCAAUUUGAAGCUUCAAUUUUUCUUUUUUCCCCAGAAAUGACAGCUUGGAGCUGCAUUUCUUGCUUCAAGCUACAUAAAAUGCAUACAUAUAAAAACAUGAGUAAAAAAAAUGCAUAAGCGUGUCUAUUCACCAGUGGAGGGAGGGUUGCACAUGCAUGAGGAAUAAGAAAGACUAUGUAGUAAAAUAUGUAGUGUUACUUCUACGCCCAGAAAGUCCAAUUAAACAUAACAUCUUCUAGAGUGCAUUUGGUCUAAGAGUACUCUGCAAGUGUGGAAGUGCAAGUGUAUUCUGCAAGUGUUCUCCCUGAGCAGUGACCCCUUUGUCGUUUACC